ACUGUCAUAAUCGCAAAAUUUUACGCCCGAAAAUGCAAAUGCAAAUUGAAAAUCUAAAAUUGUUCAAAGUCUACCGACUGCCCACCCUCUAGCAUGGCGUGCCACACCAAAUUUAACGUGAACAAAAUCAAACUUGACGAGGAAUUGGCUAUCAAAGGUGCACACUUACUCGGCCCCAGUUUAGAGUCGAAAUUCGACGAGCUCCGGUAUGACAUCGUCAACAAGAUUGAGAAGGAGCUGGUGGACUCCCAAAACGCCCGCGAUUACAUCUCUCAGAAGUAUGACGAGCUGUGCAACAAGAUUCAGUAUUUGACAGAGUUGGACGCUACAGUGACUGGUUUCAGGAGUGACGUGAAGGCCAUAGAGAAGCAGAUAGCGGAGCUGUCGACCAGGGUGGACGACCUCGAAAAGCGGACCAUCUGCAAGGAGUGCCCGUCGCUCACAUCCUCCAUGUUUUGACGUGUCGUCAUCGUGAAUAUACGUUUGGG